GCCUCGCCCACCCACCGCCGCCAUCCAGGAAGUGGGAUAGGCUUCGCUGUUAUGACACAGCCGGCGGGGUCUGGGAGGGAGCGUUAUGUACAGGAGGAUAGGGAAUGUGACUGGGACAAGUACUGCACAGGCGGCAGAUGGGCACAGGGAAUAAGGAGGACACAGCGGAAACAGUCACAGAGGCAGCAGCAGGUGCUUGGGAGCUACAGUGACUGAGCACACUGGGAGACAGUACCCAGCUGCAGGCAUUGACUUCCUUCAGUCUCCACAAUGGAUGAAUCUCCUAUACAUCACCGCAGUGGCUCAAUGCCAUAUUUGGUUGCUGCUUCCCAGAUCCUGGGGGUGGCAGUACUAGCAGUCACAGGAUCAUGGCUAUCUCAGUAUAGAGGCGGGUUUUCCUGGGACGGACCAGAACAAUUCAAUGUCCAUCCAAUUUGCAUGGUGCUGGGAAUGGUUUUCUUGUGUGGAGACGCGCUGCUCGUGUAUCGAGUGUUCAGACACGAGACCAAGAAGGCAACCAAGAUCCUCCAUGGAGCAUUACACCUUAUGGCACUGAUCAUCUCUGUUGUUGGGAUUGUUGCUGUUUUUCAGUUCCACAAAAAGAACGCCAUUCCUGAUAUGUACAGCCUGCACAGCUGGUUAGGCAUUACCACGUUUACCCUCUACAUUCUGCAGUGGAUAUGCAGCUUUAUGAUGUUCUUUGUGCCUGGCAUAGCUUAUACAUACAAGAGUCAAUUCAAGCCACUACAUGUAUUCCUGGGCUUAAGUCUGCUGGUGAGCACCAUUGCUACGUGCCUACUCGGCCUUACAGAAAAACUGCUCUUCACAAUACCAGACGAGUACUCCAAGCUACCAGGAGAGGGUGUUCUUUGCAAUAGCUUAGGACUGUUACUUGUGGCAUUUGGGCUGGUAAUCGGCUAUAUCCUUACACGAGAUGAGUGGAGGCGACCCCCAUUGCCAGAGGAGCAGGCUCUAUCCAUUGAUUUCAAAACUCUGACAGAGGGUGGGAGCCCAACUGAGCCCUGAUCCAGUCUAUCGUCAGUCUGCAGUGCUUGUAAUUGUAACUUGUGGUACUUCCUGUGUUUUGGAAGCACUGUCCUGUCCAUGUACAGCCAGGUUGGAAGUAUCAUUGCUGCAUUCCAUUGGGCAGAUGAAAUAGAGACUUAUCUUUUUGAGUUCAGUCUAAUUAAUAAUGGAAGUCCAUACAGGCUGUCACUUUUCAGGACUGCUUUCAAAACGUUUAGAUCAGGGCUGGCCAAACCGGUCCUCGAGAUCUACCAACAGUUCAUGUUUUCCAGGCCUCCUGGAGAUCUGUAGAAUUGUCAGUUAGGAAUGAAUGCAGCACAUCUUAAUUAGUAAUGACUACACCUGUGCUCUAGCUAGGUGGGCUGGAAAAUGUGAACCGUUGGUAGAUCUUGAGGACUGGUUUGGCCAGCCCUGGUUUAGAUGUUUGAUAAUUGCAACAACUUUCAUCAGAUCAUUGGUCUCACCAGAAUGUUUUGCAGGUGAUCAUAGAAAGUGAUGGUUUCCAUGUAAAAUAAAGUCAACCCAGCAUUACAGACGUCAAUACACGUUUCUGCAGUUCCUCCUAUGUUACUUAUAGGAAAACCAGCGUUGUUUGGUCACUGAACAGAAAUGUGAAUUGUUCCAUCUGGAAGGCUGUUCUGAGAAUGAGGUUUGAUCUCCAAUAAGGACCAUGAGCUCCGUCACUCAACAUGCCUUAACUAAAACAUAGGCAAGUCACACCAAAUAUCUAUUGUUACCUGGAGCCAUCCUCAUAGUCCAUCCCAAUCAUUAAAAAAUACACUUGCAAUUUAAUCGCUUUAGCACAGUCUGAGCUGAAACCUUGCAUGUGAGUAAUUUUGCCUCUCAAAGUCCUUUCAUUGUGCCAAAUAUGUAUGCUGGAUUUUCGUGAUAAUAAAAGUAUAAGUGUUAACUGUA